CUCAUAUUGUAUUGAUUUUCUACCCAUGCUGUAUGCCAGACUUCAUUUGGUCAUGUGGGUGACUCGCUUUCUAGCUUUUAUUUUUCUUCUCCAAUUCACUCUAAUUUGUUAAAAUAAAUAAUUUUAAUUUUGGUAAAUUUAGCAAAAACAAAGUCUAAAAAUUUAUUUUGAUUAUUUAGUAUUUUAAGAUCUUUAUUUUUCUGCUUCAGUGUCAAUUAUUUUCCUUUUUAAUUAGCAAAUGAUUUUUCUUGAUGAAUUCACUGACGAGCUUAUUCUUUUUCUUGAGUCAUUAAUUACUCGUGAUAUUCAAGUCAAAGGCAUUUUUGAACAAUGGAAGAUGCAACUUCGGGAUAAAGUUCUCUUGUUGGCCAACAAAUAUUUUGAAGAAAAUCGUGGUGGUGGAGCUAACAAACUUGAAUUUGCUUUGGGAAAUGAUUCCGAACUUUCAACGGUUUCGGCAACUUCGCUAACAAUUCCUAAAGAUCAAGAACUAACGAGUAAUUCCUCUAUUGCAAAAUCUAUAAGUGCUGUUGAUCUUCGCCUUCUUAGAGAAAUGCGAGAAGGCCGACUGAAACAUCGUAACUUAGAACAACAUUGUUGUAGUUCACUUAAAGCUGUUGAAUUAAGACGGAUUCAUUUGGAAGAACGCUAUCGAAUUCCUUUGGAAGUUCUUCCUUAUGAGAACUAUAACUAUGAUGAGGUGAAAAAUGCUUGUUGUGAGAAUGUAAUAGGAUAUAUGCCUGUUCCUACGGGUGUUGCCGGUCCUUUAUAUUUUGAUGGCGAAAUGGUACCUAUUCCACUAUCAACUACUGAAGGAGCGCUUGUUGCUUCUGUUAGUCGCGGUUGUCUCUGCCUUAAUGAAUCUGUAAAAUUGCUUGGUGCAGAUGCAUUUUACACUCAAGUAAUACGUGAUGGAAUGAGUCGAGCUCCUGUUCUUGAAUUUGAUUCAAUUAAAGAUUGCUAG